GUCGGUGAGAAAAAUCAGCUGCAUGUUAAGGUCUCAGAAGCAACAAUGAGAAGAAACUAAUGGACCACACAGCUGAACUCGGGGACUGCAUGGGAUGGAGUCUCCUAAAUUGAGAUAAUUCCCACUUUGCAGUUACAUCUGGGCCCUUCGUGGGGACAGAGAGGAAGGGGAGCUCCAGGGACAUCCCUGCAGUUCCCUGGUGUGCAGGAGCUGCCUCGGGAUCAGCCAUCAGGACUGGGAUCCCCACGGGAGCGGCUGCUCACCCCAGAAGGAGAAUUGAAGACCAGGGCACGCUGGAGCUGCUGCUGCUCCUCUCCCAAGCUCCUGGGGUGAGGAAGGCUCCUCUUCUUGAGCCUGGUAACUGAGUGAAUCUUCCCCAGCCUCAGCACUCCUUGGGAUGAAUCCGAGUGGGAGUGGUGCCAUUCCCCGGCUGGAAGAGUGACACGCACAUCUUGCCAGCCACCGCCACUGAGGCUGGCGCUGAUUCCUUCUGCUGAAGAUGGCUCUGAACUGGUCAGUUCUGGCUGUGAUCCUUUUCUUGCCAAUCAGUCUGGUUGAAGUGUAUGCAACUUACAACAGGGUGAGUGUAGAGGCUGGCCAUGAAGCUGUGCUGAGUUGCCCCAACAUCUACAGUGCAUCUUUGCUGAUGGUGAUAUGGAAGAGGAAUUGCAGCAGUUGCUGCCUGCUGUCUUAUAGAAGGGAUCUCAAUAAGACAAGCAGGCUGAACUGCAGUGAGAGGAUCACAUGGAAAUAUUCACCUGCCAGUGACCUUGAGCUUCGUAUUUACCCCGUGAACCUCGGGGAUGAGGGAAAUUACACCUGUGAAAUUGCCAGCAGUGAAGGGAAUUUUCAUUUUUUCUUUUCUCUGACUGUGACAGUCCCUCCUAUGGUGACUCUGACCCAUGACAAGAGCAGGGUGGCUGUUUGUCAGGCAUCUGCAGGAAAGCCACCUGCUGACAUCUCCUGGAUCCCUGCAAGCAAUCACAGCUCUGAGGAAGAAUUCCACCACCCCAAUGGAACAGUGACCAGAGUGAGCUACUUUGGCUGGGCCCACAGCUCAUUUCCCUCUGUCACCUGCCUGGUCACCUACCCAAACAAGAACCAGACUCUGGUCAUGGACCUGAGAUACACGUACCAUAGGCUUCUCUACAUCCUGGUUGGAGCAGCUACAGGUGUCAGUGCUGUCACUGGUGUGGCUUUAUGCUUGAUUUUCAGGUGCAGAGCUUGCUGGUUACGUAAACAGGCACCUGGCCCAGCAGAACACUCUACAACUAAAACCUGCAACUUCCCACCUUCACGUGCAAGAAGAGAAGCAGCCAAGCCUCCUGACUUUUCAGAGAGAAUCUAUCAGAACUACAGCCCAAGAUCUGUUUAUGUAUGCUUAUAACAGUGUAGGCACAAGUAGCCAGCUCAGCUGCUAAUGAUACUCAGCUACUCGAACUUGUACUUCAACUCUUGAGCCUCUGACCUUACCCACAAAAGCCUUUGUCUUUCCUGACCUGACGAUGGUGGGGCAGAAAGACCCAUUUUAGUAAGUUUUUUUCUCGUUCUCUAAAUAUCAGUACAGCUCUAGAAAAAGUUGGAACUUUUAAAGAUUGAAUUAGGGAAAUACCUUAAUUUUCUUUGAAAGUGGACUCUGAUGUAUGUGCUGCCUUUCCUCAAAACUAUAAUGGACAUAUUUCUGUGCCAGAGUAAAAGACUGCUGGUGAAAAUACAGCACUUUUCUGUCCAUUUUGGCAACUGGAUUCUCUUUAAAGUUCUGUGUGACAUGGGGCACCUCAAAACAUAGAAGGUCAAAGCAAUACAUCUAACAGAAAUGCAGAAAUAAGAGAUUUUUAGGGUUCUUUUUUGGUUGUUUUGUUUUCUGAGUAGAUGGUUGUACCUGACACAUGAUGAGCUAGUAUUUGACAUCUUUGUCUAUUUUUGAAUUUUUAAUGUAUCUCUUUUGCAAUUAAUUUUUCUGUUUGCAUUGAUAAUUGAUGGAAAAUAAAACCAAUUUGCUAUCAUACUGGAUAUGGAAAUGAGAAACAGCAAUGGAUAAUAUUUGGACACUCUUUAAAGUAAAUGCACAAAAAUGCAAAUA